UCGGCCCAAACCGAUCUGGGCCGGUUUGAUCCCAGACCUUGAUCUCCAAGGUCUGGGAGAUCAUCAACCUCCCAGACCUUGAUGAUCUGGGAGGUUGAGUUUGGUUUUGGAUCAGGUCAAAGGUCAGAGCUCAGCAUCAGUUUUCGGCAGACAGAUGGACGUUUCAGAGCGUCUGCGGCGUUAACGACUGCGCCUGCGGUCUUGUGUCUGCAGCAGCUGUGAGCUGAUUGGCUGUUCAGUAAACCGCUGUGAUUAAACAUCUGCUGCUGGGUUAACUGCGCCCUGGGUUUGGUCUGCAGGCCCUGUCUAGCUGAAAAGGUUAAAGUUCAUUGGGUGAAAUGUGUGUGUGUGCUAAACCCUGAGCUGUGACUCACAGGCAUCUUGUUUUCCUCAUCUGUUUAUUUCUGACUGAUCAUUGAUGGAAACGUGGAUGGAAACCCGCCAGGCGGGUCAGCGGCCCGCCUGGCGGUCCUGCUGCGUGAACAGAAAGCUGAAAACAUCUCUCCAUGUGACGCCAUUUCAACAAGAGCUCAGCAUGAACUGCAGUAACCCCAGUUUGUUUCACAACAGCCUGAAACCCCCGACUGUCCCCCGACCCGCUUCCUGUCUCCAUCUGAGGACAGACGGGGCAAAGGCCCCCUCUCCGCUUCAACGCCUCGCUCCACAGAAUAAACGCUUCCGUCGAGCUCCAGGUCAGGAUGACUUCCUUCCUCUUGCCACUCCUCCUCCUGUCGCCGGUGGGCUCCAUCAUGGCGGCUCCAGAACCAGCCGGCUGUAAGAUCCGGAUCACCGAUAAAGGCCUGGAGCUGUUAAAGCUUGAGACUCAGAGGUUUGUGGAAGAGGAGCUCAGUAACAUCAGCAUGCCGGAGAUGAAGGGGACCGAGGGCCGGUUCCAGUACACCAUCACAGACGUGAAGAUCACAGAACUGAACCUGAGCCAUGCGGACCUGCGGUUCCUCCCAGACGUCGGUCUGCUGUUCGACGUUCAGAACUCGUCCAUCGCGCUGACCUUCCAGCGCCGGAUCCUCUACUGGUUCUUCUACGACACGGGGAACAUCAACGCGUCGGCCGACGGCGUCAACAUCAACACGGCUGUGAACCUGAUCCGAGACGACGUAGGCCGACUGAAGAUCAACAACAUCAGCUGUGACGCCAAGAUCAAGAAAAUGAGAGCAGAGUUCAGCGGGACGCUUGGGAAAAUUUAUGACUUCCUGGCCCGAUUUCUGACCACCGGGAUGCGAUUCUUCCUCAACCAACAGAUCUGCCCGGCGCUGAACCACGCUGCUCUGGUUCACGUGAACGCCAUGUUGGAGACGAUCCCGGUGCGGAGCGAAGUGGAUCACUACAUCGGGAUCGACUACUCUCUGAUCAGCGAUCCCGUGGUGACGUCGCGGAGCCUCGACAUGAACUUCAGGGGGAUGUUCUUUGACCUGUCCAACCAGAACCAGCCGCUGGUGAACUACGCGGUGGAGCCGGUCAUCAGGGAGUACGACCGCAUGGUCUACCUCGCUCUGUCUGAGUUCUUCUUCGACAGCGGGAUGUUCGCCUACUACUCUGCUGGGAUCUUCCAAAUGCACAUCGUCAACGAGAAGAUGCCCAAAGAUCUGGAGAUGUUGCUGAGGACGACGUAUUUCGGAACCAUCAUGAUGAUGAACCCAGCUCUGGUGGAUGCACCACUGUGCCUGCAGCUUGCUGUCAACUCGCCCCCAAAAACCUCCAUCAAAACGUCCGGGGCCACCGUUGUCAUGACAGCUAUCGUCAAGGUGAUGGUUCUGCCACCAGGCCAAUCUCCGGUCCAGCUCAGCAGUAUGACCAUGGAAGCUAAGUUUAAUGCAAAAGUUUCCAUGAGAGGAAAACGUCUGGCUGUGCAUGCCGAUCUACGCAGGUUUAAGAUCUUUUCCAACCAAUCAGCUCUGGAGUCUCUGGCUCUGAUUCCUCUGCAGGCUCCUCUGAAGACCAUGCUGCAGAUGUCCGUGGUUCCUCUCAUCAACAACUGGACCAAGAGGGGAGUCCGGAUCCCACUGGCUGAUGGGAUGGAUUUCAUCGAGGAGGUGGUGGAGUAUCACAAUGGUUUCAUCGUGAUCGGAGCCAACCUUCACUUCAGCAAAGGCCUGAGGGAAAUGAUGGCAGGAAGCAGCGACAUCCAGCCCACCGCCAGCACCAGCAACACCACCAGCACCGCUGUCUAAGAAGAACUGGACCUGGCAGCCAGAACAUUAUGACCGCCUGCUAACCGUUUUACUCCCAAAACACCUCCGGGCCGCCACUAGAGGGCACCACAGAGCCGAGGGUAGCUAAGCAAUGGUACUGGUUCUGCUGGUUCUGUGUAAGAAUGUGAGGGAGCAUGAUUAGCUCUGUUAGUGUGUGUGUGUGUGUGUGUGUGUGUGUGUGUGAACCACCAGAGGAGGUUCAACACAGACUGGACUGUGGAACCAAACCUUAGAAGCAGAGACGUCCAAUCUGAGGGACUGAAACUGUUGGUGGUCAUAAUCUUCUGCUGAUCUGAUAUAAAUAGAUGAUGUAAAUAUCGACAGACUGAGGAAAGUGUGUCGCAGCAGCUGCAGAUUCAACAAGUUUUACUGAUACAAACAUAAAAACCUGCUUUCUGACAUUUUCCAGUUAAAUCAUUUUAUUAAUGUGCCAACCAGAACUUCCUUUUAAUCUCACAGCAUGACUGAAGGGAGCUGAACUGCAGGCGGACUAAAGACUUCUUAACAUCUAACUGAACAUCUGAGAGGUUUCCAAACUGUCCCUUAUAAAUAAAACCCCUUUAAUAAAAACUCAGAGCUGUACUCAGAAGGUUGACUUGAUGAUGUCAUAGUUCACCAAUCUUUAAGGCUUCACAGAAGUCUUGAAGCUCAAUUCCAGUUUUUAUGCUGAAUUCCGAUAUUUUUUGUUGUGGUUUUGCAUGAUACUAAAGGCUCUAAGUAAAAAUUAGUUAAAUUACUAAAUUUAGACCAGCGGCCAUUUUAGUUUCUCGGUCAGCCUGUGUUUUGGGGGGAAAGGUCUGUGAUCUGAACAGCUCAUGUUGUUUGUGAUCGGCUGAUUUAGGUUAUUAAUGUUUACAAUUUAAUGCCCACCAACCGCAAAUAAACUCAAGAUGCAGAACCGUUUAAAAUGACACAGUGAUUCAGAGGAGAUCUUGAUCUUUUUCAAAUCAAUAUUUAAUUGGUGAAAAAACUAGAAAGCAUUGAUGAAUCAAUAUUUUUGCCAACUACUACAAUCAAGCAGGAACUUGGCAAGUUAGACCCAGAUAGCUUAGCGCUAGUGAGUGCUAGCCAGCAAACUACCCAGAUCCAGGAAACUAUGGAGUUAAAUUUGUUUCACAAUUAUUCAAUCAAAAAAAAAAAAAAUUCAAACAAAAAAAUAAUUAUCUCAAUUAAAUUGUAAGAAUUAUUAUUUUUUUAAACAAAAAUAAAGAAGCUGACUUGGAGAAAUAUAGUUAGCCAAAUACACAUGGCCCUUAAAAGCAACACUUCCUUCCCUACCUGGCCGUCUCUGACCCAAAACCUGCUGGUCUCUCCAUCCUCAUGUUCUGAUCCUCUCUGGCUGGAGGAAUCGAUCUGUUCAGUAAAACCACAAGCCUGUCCUGCUUCAGCUGCACUCUGCUGGUCAGACUAGGAUGGGGAAUUAGGAGAACACCAAUUUAAUUUUAUAACAUACAGUACCACAGCAAAGGGCAUAUUACAUCUAAUUCUAAAUAAAACUAAGUACAAGACACACACACACCAAAUAAUAAAAAAGAGAAAUUAUGUGAAUAUCCUGCUUUGGCCUGUGAUCUACCAGCUUGGUUUUUCAUUUUGCAUCUGGAUGGAAAUAUAUAUUUAAGAGUUACAUUGCCUCCCUCAUCCACAACACUGAUUAUGUGCUUGGUAAAUAAAUAAUCUGUACGGUCACUUAACGUGGACCUAAUAACAUUGGUGCAGCGAUCCGCUGUGUUUUCCCACUUUAGCGUCAAUGCUAGUUAAUACACACACAGGAGGAUUACACAACAGUUUUUAACAUAUUUCCUCUAGAUACAUUUGGAGGAAGAGGUGCGCUGGUUAACGAAUUCAACAUAAAGACAGGCGAAUAUUACACAAGCCUAGUUUAUGCACUUUACCUAGUGCUAACAUUAGCUAGCACGAUAUGCUACCGGGGAUCACGGCAGACAAAAUAUGACUGUCGUCAUAAAAUGUGUAAGAUUUCUUCUUUGAAACAAGGUGGACACUUUAGUAGCUGCUAAACGGUGUAAUUUUGUGAAGAUUAUUUACCAUUCACAUUCUGUGUCCGUCACCGAAGCUCUGCAGUUCGGGACACAGUUCUGAGAUCUCAGGGAGUCAGUCAUCCGCUUUACUCAGCGCUAACCAAUAGGAACACGUCUUGCAUCGCUCGUCAUCCGCUUUACUCAGCGCUAACCAAUAGGAACACGUCUUACAUCGCUCGUCAUCCGCUUUACUCAGCGCUAACCAAUAGGAACACGUCUUACAUCGCUCGUCUUUAGGCCCCGACCAGGAUGUUCAUGUGAGAAGGGCAAGAAAAAUCGUUGAGUG